AUGGCAAAAAUUUUUAUAAAAGAUGAGGAGGAAAUGGCUGGGUAUUUUUAAAUAGACAUUACAGAUAAGUUGAUAGAUGACUAUAAAUAAAUAAGAAAAUAGGACAAUGAAUAUAUUAUUAAAGAAAUGACUACUAAUCUCAGUAAAUAUCUAAAAUUUAUACCUGGCAUUGGAACUUGUUUUGGAGUUUUUUAAAAUAAUUUAGUUGCUCUUGAAUUCAUAGCAAAGUAGCUGUCUUUGAGAGAUAAAUUAUCUAUACCAAUAUUAAUCUGCUAGAAAAUGUUAACAGAAGAAUCACCAUUAGAUUUUUCAGUUAAAGCUCAUUAAAGAAAGAUCAGCAAUAUUAUGCUUUAAAUUUUAAUAAAAUAUCAAGAUCAUAUCUUGUUUAACGAACUAGUUGAUAAAAACUUUUGCAAUUUAAUCAAGCAAUAAAUUGACUUGCAAGAAUACUUUGAGAGUAAUUUACCUAAAUAUGAAAUUCUUACUAGAUUAUUUUCAGACUAUCCCAGAUAGCAUAAUGAUCAUAGAGAAUUAAUAGUAGGAGUUAAUCUAGACAAUCCCAAAGAUGUUGAAAAAUAAUAUAGAGAAUUGUUUCGGGAUAAAUUAUCUAGACUAAAUGAAAAAGAUUUUACAACUUUAGUCUCGAUUGAAUACUAUUUGAUUAACUUGCCAAUUACUUUGUAAAAAAAUCCAACGUAUUUAAUGCAAGUGCUAAGUGAAACAGAAAAUCCUGAAUAUUUUGAGAAUAGAAUCAUUUAGACAAUUAUUAAUUUCAAAUGGAAUUAAUACACUAGGAAAUUCUAUCAUGCCAGAUUUUAUGUUUACUUGAUUUUUAUGGCAUCGUUUUUUACAGAUAUCUUUUAUUCAACUUACUCAUUGCAAAAUACUAACCAAGAAUAAAGAGCAGAGGAUUAAAGAAGUGAAAUAUCAUAAUUUAAUAGGAUAUUAAAAAUUAUAACAAAGAUCGUCUGCUGUUUGGUACUAGCAUUCUUUUCUUUCGAAGAAGUAAAAUAGUUAUUAGUAUAAAAAGGCAAAUACUUUAAAAAUGGUUGGAAUUACUUUGAUUUUUUGCAUAUUAUAACUUAUGUUGCAUUUUGUAUCAUUGAAUUUACUAAUUAGAGCCAAGAUACUUAAAUCUUGAUUUAAAUAACAGUGAUUUUUCUUACUUUUAUGAAACUCUUAUUCUUUUUAAGGAUUUAUGAUGGUAUUAGUUUUCUGAUCUAAAUGUUAGUAGGCGUUUUUAAAGAUCUUAGAUAUUUCUUAAUCCUUUUCUUAAUUUUCAUAUUGCAAUUCGGGAUGAUAUUUUUAGUUUUAUUCAAGGCUGGACAGAUAGAAGAAUAUAAUGGUGUUGAUAAACUAGCCUAUUUCUUGAUGGUUUUCAGGAUUUCAUCUGGAGAUUUCUAGAUGGAUGAUUACCACAAUUAAGGAGAUUUACUUGUGGUCUUCUCAUGGAUAAUCUGGCUAAUAACUGUUUUGACAUUAAAUAUCGUGUUCAUGAAUUUUAUUAUUGCUGUUAUCUCUGAAUCAUACGAGAGAGUAAUGCAGAAACUAGUGGCUGAAUCAUACAAGGUGAAAGCUAGCUUGAUUUUUGAGAGAGAGCUGCUAUUCAAUCAGAUUGAAUUGAAAAUGGAAAAAUAUUUUCCUAAUUAUAUUGUGGGAAGAAGACCAUUAAACACUGAAAUUAAAGAGGCUGGAGAAUGGCAGGGAUUCAUAAAAGAUCUUAAGUAGACUAUAAGAACUACUGUCACUAAGGCAAAAGGUGAAAUCAUUUAAAAUAUUCAUUCUGUUUAAAGUUAGAAUCAUUAGAAAAUUGAUGAACUAUUUUCAUAGAAUUCUAAGUAUUCUUGUUCAAAUGAAGGACUAGAAGAAAUGAUAUCAAAGUUAGUUAAACAAAAUUAAGAAGAAAAUCCAAUUACAAACAAUAAUCUCAAUUAAUUGAAGUAAUCUAUAGUUAAUGAAGAUGAAAGUAUAAGAGGAGACAUUAAAGAACUAAAUAUUCAAAUGAAAAAUCUUGAAAAUUAUGCAAAAUUCAUUGAUUCCUAAACUAAAUAACUUGAUCUUAAAGUUGAUGGCCUUGAUUUACAAGUAAAAGGACUUGAUAAAAAGGUUGAUGGAAUUGAUUAAAGAUUUUUUAAAGUAUAGGAGGAUAUAAAUUAUAUAAAAGAUUCCUUGACCUUGUUUUUUCAAAAAUAAUAGAAUCAGUGA